AGCUGGCUUGAUGGGGACCACAGUAAAUCAGGAGGAACAGUAGAGGCUGGUGUGGGAUCUUGGGGGCCAGAACCUGACCAGGGGAUGUUGACCCAAAAAAGCAGCAGCAACAGUAGCAACAACAACAGCAAGAACAACAAUAGCUACAAGCCAAGUUCAGGCUAAAAAAGCAGGCAGUGUGCCAGGAAGGGGGCCGACUGAGCGGUGUGUGGAAGCUGUCGCGGAGGUGACGGUGGGGCCAUGAGAAAAGGGGAAGGAAGGAACAGACAGCACCAGAGGGACUUGAACAAAGGGAGAAGGGGGAUUAAAGUCAAAUCACUGUCAGCAGCCCAGGAGCAGACAAAACCACCAGAGUAAGCCCUGAAAUGGAAAUGAGAGGGAAAAGAAGCAAGCCGCUAACAGCUACCAAGAAGAGGAGGAAGUGGGAGAUGCGCUGCUUCCUGUAGAGAGAACGUUGAUUGAAGACAAAGCUGGGUGGGGACUAGUCCCUGGGCUGCAGCCGCCGCUACACAUACUCACAACGCUGCCGCCGCGCUCCGUGGGCAACUCCUACUACUGCUGGGCUGGGCUGGGCUGGGCUGCGCCGGAGCUCGCCUGCACAGAUCAGCUCCGAAGACAGGGGAAAACCACACUCCUCUGACCAAGCCUCGGGAGCUAAGGUGCAGUGAACAGAAGCGAGGUGUGUCACUUCCUGGAAGAAGCCAUGAGAACCAGCAUCCAGAUCUGCCAGUGAGCCUCAGGCUUUAGGAGCUGAAGAGUGUUUCUGAAAGAUCUAUCCAACACUCCGAUGGCCAGCAACAACACCGCCAGCAUAGCACAAGCCAGGAAGCUGGUAGAGCAGCUUAAGAUGGAAGCCAACAUCGACAGGAUAAAGGUGUCCAAGGCAGCUGCAGAUUUGAUGGCCUACUGUGAAGCGCAUGCCAAGGAAGAUCCACUCCUGACCCCUGUUCCGGCUUCAGAAAACCCGUUUAGGGAGAAGAAGUUUUUCUGUGCCAUCCUUUAAGUCUUCAAGAGGGGCCUGAAGAGCCUCCGGGCUCCUGGGACAUUGACGUAGAGUUUUUAGCAAAGUGGGCACCUUUCUAGUCCACGGCAUUUGAAGAGCGCGAGGAGAACCAUCCUGGAAACUCCAGGCUAUGCAUGUUUAAAGAUCUGGUCCCCUUUAUGAGAAUGCAAGCUGAUCCACAUCCUGAGUUAAGAGAUCUGAUUCUGCCGAACUGCCUGGAGGAGGGGAAUAUAUAAAAAUAAAAUUGGUGUCACUUCUUUUCUGCUAUCCCCCAGUCCCCCCCAAAAUCCUCAUGUUUCUGCUUCAUAUUUUAAAGAAUAACAAUUAAAACAGACAGCUGUACUGAGGUAAGAUAUGUAUGACCUUCUUGGAAUGAAUAUUGUCUUUAGAAUACCCUUUGAUAAGCUGCGCUGUCCGUGUAAGCCGAAAUUCUGUUUAAUGGCAUUGAUGUAUAGUCAUUAUGCCUUUCUUUUUCUUUUUUCCUUCUCCUCUACCCCUCCUUCCACCCCUUCCCAUUAGAGUAGUGUGGAGAUAAGGCUGGACUUGUCUAUCAGAUUGAAAUCCAAGAAUGAUCACAUGAAAUGUUUAGGGAGAUGUUCCCCAUGGUGUAUCCUCGUGGUAACAAUGACAAAAAAUGCCGGUUGUCUGUGUUCUCUUUUCACUAUUCCUAACAUGUGUACAUGAUAGCUUUGAUUCUGCAAGUAAAAGUAAAUCAUGUGUUGUGACUGGUGCUUUCAUAUAUUUGUGACAAUUUUUGAGUAAUAUUGCAUGAAAAUGUCCCUACGUUACAUCCAUUCAGAAGUUUUGUUGUUUUACUCUAAAGCCAGGAAAGGAAAUGAGAGGGGAAAGACCCUGGGGAGGAAAGGAAAUCUCAGUAUUUUGAAAAUUGAGAUUACUUCAGAGCCUUAGCCAUGCCUAAAAUACCUCUGCGUUAAUAGUGGUAUAAAUGCCUCUUCAAUACGUUUUCCAGAAUCCAAAGCAUUUUGGUUUAUCCGGGACCCAGGGCAGCACAGCUGUCACCAAGCAGGAGAGUUAAGGAUUCACCAUGAGUUGGGAAGUGCUUUUGCCAUGAGUAUGAGCAAGUUCCCUCCUUCCCUGAAUCAUGGACAUUCUAGAUUAAAAGAACAUUUUUUCUGCUCUUAAGAAGAAAACCAUGGCCCUCCUUUGUUCAAGUAUUGGAAGAAAUAAACCCACAGCUCCAGAGAAGGUGACCAUUCUCAGAACUCGGGCUCUUCAGAAGGACCUCGAAUCGCCACUCUUUGGGCAGCAGGUGCGGCCCCCACAGCCGGCUCUACCAGGAAGAGUUCUGGCUCUUCUGUCCACUGAGAUGGUCUUGGUUUUUCACUUAACACAUUUUUUAAUGGAAUCUUUGUUUUUGUUCUCCAUCUUGUUUGUUAGAGUCUCUUGGUCUUUAUUUACAAAUUCCUGGCAACUAGAGUGCUCCUUUCCCAAGAUAUGGUAGUGAGAGUAAUUUUUCAUUGUAGCUGUAGUCUCCAUCAGUAACAGCAGGCCCUGGAAGGCUUGAUCACCUUUUUCUGUGUCAUUUUCAGUCAAAGAGGCCCUCUCUUACAUCUUGUUUGCUUUCAAAUCCCCAAAUACCAUCUCCAUCUCCCAAUUAAUUUUAUUCUCCCCUCUUUCCUCUCUAUUCUCUUUCUCCUGUUUUUUUUUUUCUUUUUCUUUUUCUUUUUUUUUAAGGCAUGAAAAAGGAAGAGAAAAAGAUUUGCUAUGCCAAGGACAGAUUUUGAAACAGACUUGGUAAAUGUUUUCCUUAGCUCCUUCAUGGGCAUGUGGGUGAAAGAAUAAAUACAUCCAAUUAAAGCUCAUGCUGGGGUCGGGGAGAAGAAGAUACUGAAACAUUUGUGAAAUGUAUCAAUGCACUUCUGUAACCAGAUGCUUCUCUUCAAAUUGUGGGGUUUUUGUUACAGUCAGGACACCCAUGAAGAUUUAGGGGUGAAAGAAACAGCAGAGUAUUUAUUAAACUACAGCAUUGUACAAUUAGCUUAGUAACACUGUGGCAUAAGCUAAAACAUAUCACGGUUUUUAAAUGGGCAAAGCAUGAAUUGAAUAUGUGGUCACAUGAAAACAAGCAUGAAUGAAUAAAGCACUCUUUGGUAGUGAUUAAGGCAUCAUUAGAAGGCCCAGACGAUUUCCACUAUUCACAGCAUUUCCUUUUCUCAGAAGGACUCUUUAUAUUUCCAUGUAAAUCUAGAUCUUUGGAGCAGUUAAGAUGGAAUUACAAUUUCUAGGGAGCAUUUUCAGGAAAAUGUUUUGGCUUUUUCAUAAUUUUAUGUCUUACAGUAUGGAAUUAUAAUACGAAAAUCUUUAUAUGAGUUUUGGCUUAUUGGUAUUUGUACUUAUUCAGGGGAAACAGUCUUUCGAUUACUUAUGCCUCUAAAGAGUUUAAUUUCUUGAGAAAUUCAACAGUCCCAUCACCAGCAUAAUUUUAUCUUAAGGAAUAACUAACAGGAAAAGUCAACUUAAUUAUUUAAGACCCUAGUUUCUACGUAUAAUAUAUUCAAUAGUAAUGAAAAUCUGCCAUGGAAUUAACUAAUAAGUAGUAACAAUAAACUUCAUAUUUAGAAUACAAAGUCUAUAAAGAACAAUUUUACAUGAUCUUCAAUAUCAACUCCAGUUUAAAAGGUGUUAUUUUUAAAACAUUUGAAACCAAGUACUGCUUAAUUUCAGUCAGAAGAUGCAAAUAAAUACUUUGAUCUAUGUCUGAUUUUGCUAAUAAUAUUUGAAGGAGAUUGCCUACCAAGGACAAAUUAAACAAUACAUUUAAAAAUCAAACAACAAACGAUUUCUCCAUACACUCAUAGUCACAUAUGGAAUUUUGAGAAAAUAAAGCAUGCUGUCUCUAGGAAUUUUUAUACUUCUUUUUCUUCCUAAAUAUUUGCUUCUAGCUGCUCUUGGCAAUGAUGAAUUGUUACGUAUGCAUUAAUGUUUUGCAGCCCAAAAGUUGUUCACAUUUUUCCUAUAUAAGAUCUGUGGAGUGUGUGUUUCAAAGAGAGAACUACAGAAAUGUUAAAGCAGGAAAACCUGAAUGUGAUGUGCACAUUUUCAUCCCACAUGGACAAUGUAUGUGUUUUAAUAAAUGGAAUUUUCAGAUUCAUUUCA